AUGCUCCUCUCCUUCACACCCCUUCUCUGCUCCUCUCCUUCACACCCCUUCUCUGCAUCUCUCCUCUUCUUCCCCCCUUCUGUUAUUCCCCCCUUCUCUGCUUUCCCCCCUUCUCUUCGUACCCCCUCCUCUGCUUACCCCCUUCUCUGCAUUUCUCCUUCACACCCCUUCUCUGCAUCUCUCCUUCACACCCCUUCUCUGCAUCUCUCCUUCACACCCCUUCUCUGCAUCUCUCUUUCACACCCCUUCUCUGCAUCUCUCCUUCACACCCCUUCUCUGCAUCUCUCCUUCACACCCCUUCUCUGCAUCUCUCCUUCACACCCCUUCUCUGCAUCUCUCCUUCACACCCCUUCUCUGCAUCUCUCCUUCACACCCCUUCUCUGCAUAUCUUCUUCACACCCGUUCUCUGCAUCUCUCCUUCACACCCCUUCUCUGCAUCUCUCCUUCACACCCCUUCUCUGCAUCUUUCCUCUUCUUCCCCCUUCUCUUCUUACCCCCUCCUCUACUUACCCCCUCCUCUUCUUACCCCCUCCUCUUCUUACCCCCUCCUCUUCUUACCCCCUCCUCUUCUUACCCCCUCCUCUUCAUACCCCCUUCUCUUCUCACCCCCUUCUCUUCUCACCCCCUUCUCUUCUCACCCCCUUCUCUUCUUCCCCCCUUCUCUGCCGCUUCCCCCUUCUCUGCCGCUUCUCCCCUUCUCUGCCGCUUCCCCCUUCUCUGCCGCUUCCCCCUUCUCUGCCGCUUCUCCCCUUCUCUGCCGCUUCUCCCCUUCUCUGCUGCUUCACCUCUUCUCCCCUUAGAAACUUUCCUUGGCAGCGGCCCUUUGCAGCUGUCUUAGAAGCCCUAAGACCUUCAUAA